UGGUGGGCUGGGCUGCGAGCAGGGAUAGUGCGGAGCCGCAGCAGCCGUGGUGAAGCUUCUGGGCGCUGUUGAGACCGUUGUUCCCGUUCCUCGCCUCGGCCAACGCAGCCUCAAGCCGCUGCCGCCGCCGGGUGAGCGGCCACCUAUUGUCCUUCUCCGCGCGAAGGUGCGGAGCUGCUCCGGCUGGGCCCGCGGGUGAGCCCCGGGCGCCGCACGGUCUUUGUCCUGGAAAGAUUCUUCGCUUUGACUGUGGUUUGUUUCUCAGCUCUUAGCUGGAGCGUCCCCUUUCAGGGAAGCCUUUCCUCGACUGCCUCAAACAGUAUCCUGGGUCAUGAAACUUAAUCCACAACAAGCUCCAUUAUAUGGUGAUUGUGUUGUUACUGUGUUGCUCGCUGAAGAGGACAAAGUUGAGGACGAUGUGGCGUUUUACUUGGUAUUUUCGGGUUCCACCCUCCAUCACUGUACAAGUACUCGGAAGGUCAGUUCCGAUACGCUGGAGACCAUCACUCCUGGGCAUGACUGCUGUGAGACCGUGAAGGUACAGCUCUGUGCUUCCAGAGAGGGCCUGCCUGUGUUUGUGGUGGCGGAAGAGGACUUUGAGUUCAUCCAGGAUGAGGCGUACGAUGCAGCCCAAUUUCUGGCAACCAGUGCUGGCAAUCAGCAGGCUCUGAACUUCACCCGUUUCCUCGACCAGUCAGGCCCCCCAUCGGGGGAUGUGAAUUCCCUCGAUGAGAAGGUUGCCCUGGCAUUCAGGCACCUGAAGCUGCCAGCCGAGUGGAACGUGUUGGGAACAGAUGAGACUCCACAUGGUGGUGGCCCUCGGGAGACCUUGAUGCAUUUUGCUGUGCGGCUGGGACUGCUGAGGUUGACGUGGUUCCUGUUACAGAAGCCAGGUGGCCGUGGAGCUCUCAGCGUCCACAACCAGGAAGGAGCAACGCCAGCGAGCUUGGCUUUGGAGCGGGGCUAUCACAAGCUGCACCAGCUCCUGACUGAGGAGAAUGCUGGAGAACCAGAGUCCUGGCGCAGUCUGUCCUAUGAAAUACCUUGUGGGGACUGUUCUGUGAGGCAUCAUCGAGAUCUGGACGUCUAUACAUUAACCUCUGAGUCUGAAUCACAUCAUGAACCCCCAUUUCUUGGAGACACUUGUACUGGACAUAUUUUUAAACUUAUGAACAUCCAGCAGGAGCUAACGAAAACAAAGCUCAAGCAGAUGGACAAUAUUAUGCCCUUAAUGGUGACAGCACAGGAUCCUUCAGGUCUGCCCAGUGCCCGAGAUGCAGAAGGCCAGUUUCCUCCCUGUGCAUCCAAGCCCAUGGACAGCCAGCAGCUCUCCUCUCCUGGAGAUACUGAGAACUCGCCCUGCUGCCAGGGGAGCACUGCUGGGCCUAGUGAAAGUUCCUAUGAUUUGUCAAGUGUGGUUAAGGAGGAAAAUACAGACUGUUCCUGUGGGAAGAAAAAUAAAGGCAUGGAGAGAAGAGGCGAGGUGGCAGUGCCAACAUCUGCUGUGGCCUCAGGGCCUGGGUCUGCUCCCGACAGCUGCCUUCAGAGCAUGCCGGAUUACGGAGGAAAGGGCACAGAAGCCCUUCUAUCCUGUGGAAUCGGAAAUGAAGAAGCUGGAACAAAAUCUUCUGUAACGGCCAUGGACCAGGAGCCUCUGAGCAGUGGAGACCGUGUCCUGCAGGGCGACAUGGUUGUCGAGCCAGGCCCCACCCAGUGUUUUCCUGGAGCUGAGCUGGUGGUCAGUGCAACGGCAGAUGCCAGUGUCCCAGUGACUGCAGGGGAGACAGAACGUGGUCUUGGGAACCCAGAUGCCACCAUCCAGAGGAAUGUGCUUGAAGUAGAGGAAAGUACAAAGGAAACAUUUGAGGACUCUAAUAUCAGCACAGCUGGAGCCUCUGAUGUAACAGUCACAAGUAAGCCUGUGGAUAAUGCCAGCAUCCCAAACUGUGUGACUGCCACCAGUUCCCUGCAUGGUAACAAACCUACCGAGUCUGUACUUGUAUUUAGUAAUGGAGAAACCUCCAUUGAAAAAACUGCAGAAAUGAAAACUUCAAGAAGUUGUGAAGAGAGUGCUGAUGGUCCAGGAGAUGAGAACUGUGCGGCCAUUCCAGCAGCUGCAAAAGACAGGAGUUCAGACAGGGCCAAACUUGACACUCCCUCAGCAAACACACGUGAGGCCAUGCCACCCUCUGGUUUAACCUUGCCUGGGCCACAGAAAGAUGUCGUGCCAAACCAGAAAUCAGAAACUAAUUCGUCUCAUGUUCAGAGCCAAAAGAGCAGACUGCCCAUCUGUUCUACAGCUGGAGAUGGUGACCUCUGUGCUGCUCCUGUGUGUCGUCAGGACACAGGGACUUCGGGUGAUGUGGUGGCUGCAGAGCACUGUGAUGACACAGUUACCCGACUGGAAAGCACCACCGCAGGCCGGCCCAGCACACCCAGCGCACGGCACCUGCCCACUGCCAUCUGUGCGGAAGGCCCACAGGCCAGCACAGCCUCCCCUGACCCUGUAGGAGCUGCCCGAGAACACAGGGAUUUCUGUCCUCUGAACGUUCCAGAUAUAGAUAAAGAGGGUCAGGGCCAAGGGAAAGAUCUGAAACUAGAAACACCUGUAACAGAUCCACUUGAGGUGGCUCCAUAUUCACAUGCAGUUGUCCCCAAAGCUGAGAAAGAACUGGUGCCAGACCAGGCAGUGACAUCAGACAGGACUUUCUCUCUGGCAAGCAGUGCAGCCAGUGAAUCAACAACCAAAGAUGACGCACUUUCUCUUGUCCCCUCCCAGAAAGAAAAGGGAACAGCAACUCCCGAACUACAUUCAGCUGUGGAUUGUACAGGUGGCCCAGACGGAGAUCUGAGCGGUCCUGGUGAGCAGCCACUGGAAAGUGGUGCUGCAGGCCAGGCCACUGCCUCCGCUGCUCUGCUGCUCCAGCCCGGCAUGGGGAACACCAGCCCCACAGGACUAGCUGGGCGGCACAAGGGUCCCCACCUCUCAGCAGCCCCUGAGGUUCCGAAUAUCAAGGGGGGCACUGACUCUUCCCUGCUGCAUGUGGGUAAGGCCACGUUGGCCUCUGAUUCCAUUUUAACUGAAAAAGGAAAAAAUCUGGUGGUUCCAGAAAACUCGGCAGCUCAGGGACAAGCUGACAAGGACACAGGAGUCACUUGCUCCUGUGUUAAGGAAGACACUCUUUCUUCAGGGAUGUUGCAGGAAGAGCCAAGAACACCGUCUCCUGGACAGGGGACCCCGGGGUUCUGUGAGGAGGCUGGUUCAGCCGCCUGUGUUGUGGAAAGAGCCCUGCAGGAGGCAAGCACGGCAGGCACCCCCUCAGCCCAGCACAGCGCAGAUGCUCAGCACAGCAGGGAAGUGGCCCCACCAGUCUCCCUGCUGAUGGAAGGUGGGGCCGCUCGGAGCCUGGUGCCGCCAGGAGCAAGUCUGGCUGUGGAUUCCAACCAGGAAGCCUUGGGUGCAGAGCAGAGCAGCUCACCUCUGUUGCCAGGCCUGCUGCCAGAUGGGUCUGAGACUCUUUGUUGCAAUCGAUCUUUUGCCCCGGAUGUUGGAGUGAAAAAUACACAGUCCCUGGGUGAAAAUGCUGCUUGUGAGGUGAGCGGAAAUGUGUUGGAUGUUGCAGUGGACCAUGCUCUACAAGGUCCCACUGGGGCCAAAAGAAAAGAUAUAUCACAAAACACGCAGGACACCCCGAUUCCACAAGUCUCAUUGAGCGGGGAGAAGAGGACAACCCUUGAUUUGCCAAGAGCUUUACCGUACGAAGGUGUGACUGACCCGCAAGGCACUGCUACCCCAGAGAUGAUACCUCUUCGUGGAGAGAAAGGGAAGCUGGAGGGAGCAGCCCACGGCUGCAGCAUGGGCAGCCCCAAGGGGACCCAGAUGGAGAACAAAGCCCCUCUUGGCCUCCUGCAGCCUGUGGCCAAAGAGCUCCCCACAGAGGCAGGGCUCUCCAGCAGUGACGACAAGGCCCCAGGCAGAGAAAGGGGUGCUUCCUUUCUACCUUCUGCUGUCUCUGCUGAAGCCGUGCACCAGCCUACGAGGGCAGACUCAGUCGAGGAGGCUGCAAGUCGCAUAGUGGAUGCCGUCAUAGAACACGUCAGGGCCUCAGGAGCCCUGGCUGCCGAGGGAGAGAUCAGCCACACAUCACUGGCCAGGUUGUCAGAGUCAGGCCCGGCGACUGGCCAGCUGGAGAGGGUGUCUGCAGGCCAAAUGAAUGCCCUCUGCCCUGGGGAGACCCCACAGAUGGGCAGUAGUCAUGAAGAAACCCCUGGGAAACUUGUGGGACAUUUAGCUGGAAGGGAGGAGCUUGAGAAGACAACUCUGCUUAUUCAAGGACCUGAGCCGGCAACAGAAAUGCCAGACACAAAAGCUGAAGAAGAAGUGGAUUUUCCGAGUGGUACCAGGGAGAGUUCAGCUUCUGAAGAGGAGGCUGUGGGAAACACAGCUACUACACCUGCCAUGAAACCAGGCCCCAAGACCCAGGCAAUAAACCAAGAGAGCUGGUGCACAGUAACGCCACACCCUGAUGCGGCGUCUCUCUCGGCUCCCGUGCAGAGCCCAGAAUGUGAUAACUUCCUGAAUGGACUGGGCAGAGAGUGUGCCUCAAAACAAGGUGUACUUAAAAGAGAAUGUGGGAGUGACUCUGACCUCUUCCAUUCACCCAGUGAGGAAGUUGACAGCAUCAUCUUCUCCAAGCCGGAGGAAGAGCAGUUGGUCUGUGACACCACCGGAUCCAGUUCUUCCACCGACGACACAGCUUCCUUGGACCGACAUUCUUCUCACGGCAGUGAUGUGUCCCUCUCCCAGAUACCAAAUUUGAACAGGUCCAGGGAUCAGCAGUGCCUUGAUGGCUUCUACAGCCAUGGGGUGGGAGCUGAGGGUCGAGAGAGCGAGAGUGAACCUGCUGGCUCCGGGGAAAUGGAGGAGGAGGAGAUGGACAGCAUCACCGAAGUGCCUGCCAGCUGCUCCGUCCUGAGGAGCUCCAUGCGGUCCCUGUCCCCGUUCCGGAGGCACAGCUGGGGUCCAGGGAAGAAUGCAGCCAGUGAUGCAGAAAUGAACCACCGCAGUUCAAUGCGAGUUCUUGGGGAUGUUGUCAGGAGACCUCCCAUUCAUAGGAGAAGUCUGAGCUGGUGUCCCUCUGGUGUGCAAUUCUCUGCUGCCCUGAGUGCUGACUAUGAUCACAGAAGUUUCAGUCUAGAAGGCUUGACAGGAGGAACUGGUGUUGGAAACAAGCCAUCCUCAUCUCUGGAAAUAACCUCUGCAAACACCAAGGAGCUUAGGCACCCUUUCAGUGGUGAGGAAAGGGGUGACUCUUUGGUGUCACUUUCAGAAGAGGAUCUGGAAUCAGGCCAGAGAGACCAUAGGAUGUUUGAUCAGCAGACAUGUCACAGAUCCAGACAACAGGGAUUUAAUUACUGUACAUCAGCCAUUUCUUCUCCAUUGACAAAAUCUGUCUCAUUAAUGGCCAUCAGCCAUCCCGGGUUGGACACCCGGCAGCAGACGCAGCAGCCAGCAAGGCAGAUCUCCUUCUCCGUCAGCAUCUCUCCACUCCUCCUUAAGACUAAAACUCUCUUUUCUCUUGGCUCUUCUUAUUCCAGUGAUGAGGAGGAGGAUUUGCAUAAUUCAAGGCCUUUCCACACCAGUGCCAAUCUGACUGAGAGUAUAACAGAAGAGAACUAUAAUUUCCUUCCACAAAGCCCAUCCAAGAAAGAUUUUGAAGGGAAGAGUGGAACCAAAGUCAGUCGUACAUUCAGCUACAUCAAGAAUAAAAUGUCCAGCAGUAAGAAGAGCAGAGAAAAGGAAAAAGAGAAAGAGAAAAUUAAGGAGAAGGAGAAGGAUUCAAAAGAGAAGGAGAAGGACAAGAAGACCAUCAACGGGCACACUUUCAGUCCCAUCCCGGUCGUGGGUCCCAUCAGCUGCAGCCAGUGUGUGAAGCCGUUCACCAAGGACGCUUACACCUGUGCAAAUUGCAGCGCCUUCGUCCACAAGGGCUGUAGAGAAAGCCUGGCCUCCUGUGCAAAGGUCAAAAUGAAGCAGCCCAGAGGGAGCCUUCAGGCGCACGACACAUCAUCACUGCCCACAGUCAUCAUGAGAAACAAGUCUUCGCAGCCCAAGGAGCGCCCUCGAUCUGCAGUCCUCCUGGCUGAAGAGACCUCUGUGGCCCCCCUUUUUGCUAAUAGACGGUCCCAGCAGAGUGUCUCGCUCUCCAAAAGCAUCUCCAUACAGAACAUUGCAGGAGUUGGCAAUGAUGAGAACAUAUCAAACACCUGGAAAUUCCUGUCUCAUUCAACAGACUCAUUAAAUAAAAUCAGCAAGGUCAAUGAAUCAACAGAAUCACUUACUGAUGAGGGAGUAGGUACAGACAUGAAUGAAGGGCAACUAAUGGGAGACUUUGAGAUUGAGUCCAAACAACUAGAAGCAGAGUCCUGGAGUCGAAUUGUGGACAGCAAAUUUUUGAAACAGCAGAAGAAAGAUGUGGUCAAACGGCAAGAAGUGAUUUAUGAGCUGAUGCAGACCGAGUUCCACCACGUGCGCACGCUCAAGAUCAUGAGCGACGUGUACAGCCGCGGGAUGAUGGCGGACCUGCUCUUCGAGCAGCAGAUGGUGGAUAAGCUGUUCCCCUGCCUGGACGAGCUGAUCAGCAUCCACAGCCAGUUCUUUCAGAGAAUCCUGGAGAGGAAGAAGGAGUCUCUGGUGGACAAGAGUGACAAGAACUUCCUCAUCAAGAGGGUGGGAGAUGUGCUUGUGAAUCAGUUUUCAGGAGAAAACGCAGAACGCUUAAAGACGACGUACGGCAAGUUUUGUGGGCAGCACAACCAGUCUGUGAACUACUUUAAAGACCUUUAUACCAAGGACAAGCGUUUCCAGGCCUUUGUAAAGAAGAAGAUGAGCAGUUCCGUUGUAAGAAGACUUGGAAUCCCAGAGUGCAUAUUGCUUGUAACCCAGCGGAUCACCAAAUACCCGGUUUUAUUUCAAAGAAUAUUGCAGUAUACCAAAGACAGUGAAGUGGAGCAGGAAGACCUGGCCCAGUCCUUGAGCCUGGUAAAGGAUGUGAUUGCAGCCGUAGACAGCAAAGUGGCAAGUUAUGAGAAGAAAGUGCGUCUCAGUGAGAUUUACACGAAGACAGAUAGCAAGUCGAUCAUGAGGAUGAAGAGUGGGCAGAUGUUUGCCAAGGAGGAUUUGAAGCGCAAGAAGCUGGUGCGGGACGGGAGUGUGUUUCUGAAGAGCGCAGCAGGAAGGUUGAAAGAGGUUCAAGCAGUUCUGCUUACUGACAUUUUAGUUUUCCUUCAAGAAAAAGACCAGAAAUACGUCUUUGCAUCAUUGGACCAGAAGUCAACGGUGAUCUCCUUAAAGAAGCUGAUCGUACGGGAAGUAGCACAUGAGGAGAAAGGCUUGUUCCUGAUCAGCAUGGGGGUAAAAGACCCAGAGAUGGUAGAAGUGCACGCCGGCUCCAAGGAGGAGCGGAGCGGCUGGAUUCAGAUCAUUCAGGACACCAUCAACACCCUGAACAGAGAUGAAGAUGAAGGAAUCCCCAGUGAGAAUGAGGAAGAGAAGAAAAUGCUGGACACCAAAGCCCGGGAGUUGAAAGAACAACUUCAACAGAAGGACCAACAGAUCCUGCUCUUACUGGAGGAGAAGGAGAUGAUUUUCCGGGACAUGACUGAGUGCAGCACUCCUUUGCCAGAGGACUGUUCUCCGACUCACAGCUCUAGAAUCCUUUUCCGCUCCAACACAGAAGAGGCUCUCAAAGGAGGACCUUUAAUGAAAAGUGCAAUAAAUGAGGUGGAGAUCCUUCAGGGUUUGAUGAGUGGAAGCCUGGGAGGCACGCUUGGGCAGGCUGUUGGCAGCCCCGUUGAGCAGGAAGGCAUGGUUGGUCCUGUUUCCUUGCCCCGGAGAGCAGAGACCUUUGGAGGAUUUGACAGCCAUCAGAUGAAUGCUUCAAAAGGAGGCGAGAAGGAAGAGAUUGAUGAUGGCCAGGAUCUUAGGAGGACAGAAUCGGACAGUGGUCUGAAAAAGGGUGGAAACGCUAACCUGGUAUUUAUGCUUAAAAGAAACAGUGAGCAGGUCGUCCAGAGCAUCGUUCAUCUCCACGAACUCCUCAGCACUUUGCAGGGCGUGGUGCUGCGGCAGGACAGCUACAUUGAGGACCAGAAGCUGGUGCUGAGUGAGCGCGCGCUCACGCGCAGUGCGUCCCGCCCCAGCUCCCUCAUCGAGCAGGAGAAGCAGCGCAGCCUGGAGAAGCAGCGCCAGGACCUGGCCAACCUGCAGAGGCAGCAGGCUCAGUACCUGGAGGAGAAGCGCCGGCGGGAGCGCGAGUGGGAGGCCCGCGAGAGGACGCUGCAGGAGCGCGAGGCGCGGCUGGCGCAGCGCGAGGAGGAGGUGCGGCGCGGGCUGCAGGACCUGGACCGGGACCUGGACGCGCUGCAGCAGCAGAAGGGCGCCUACCAGUGUGACCUGGAGAGGCUGCGCGCGGCCCAGAAGCAGCUCGAGAGGGAGCAGGAGCAACUCAGCCAAAGGCAGGUGGACCGCGACAUCUGCCAGGUUCCACCCCCACAUGCCAGGCUCCUGAGGAUCCCGUCCUUCCUUCCCAGUCCCGAGGAGGCGGCUCUGCCAUCGGCACCACCAGUAGCCAAAUCAGUGUCACUGGACUCAGAACUCUCAGUGUCCCCCAAAAGGAACAGCAUCUCUCGGACACACAAAGAUAAGGGGCCUUUUCACAUUCUGAGUUCCUCCAGCCAGACGAACAAAGUUCCGGAGGCUCAGAGCCAGGCCCCGGUGCCCUCCUGCACCUCCACCUCCUCCCGCCUGUUCGGGUUGACGAAGCCAAAGGAAAGGAAGGAGAAAAAAAAGAAGAACAAAGGUGGCCGCUCUCAGUCAGGGGAUGGCUGUGCAUCAGAAGUACCCGCAGAGGGUGAAGAGAUCUUCUGCUGAUCCCUCUGGCCGCUGCCCAGCGCCUCCUGUCCUGGCUGUGAUCGCCAGCCCCACCACCCCACUGCCCGGUGCGCGGCCUCUCGCACGAAUGCCUGCUCUCCCCAGCACCCGCUCUCCCGUGCUGCCGCAGGCCCUGGGCCAAAGAACAAGAGGUUCUGAGUGCAAGGUGGGGCAGGGGACCCGGGAUUGGUGACCGCCAGUGACUCACAGGUCUGGGUCAGCCCUACUGACCCAGGAAUCCCGGGUUUUGGACACAUCAGGAAUUCCUAAAGGCUGGAAGAGGAUUUCCCGAUGAGGUCUGAAGCUCUAGCUGCCUUUUAUUUUGGGGAACACAGCCAAAACUCAAACAGCAGAUAGUGUGGCGUUCACCUGUGUUCAUAUGCAGUGACUGCCUGCUAACGCAUAUGGGGUGCACCGAAAUGAGGCCCUGUCUGUGCCAGACACCUGGUUGGCUUAGCUCAGGACAGGAGGCGCUCGCUGCCUGGCACGGCUCGGGCAGCAGGUGGCGCCUCGGCAUUUCACCCAUUGGUCCCCCGAGGCUGCUGGCCUGUAAGCCCACCCUUGCACACCUUACCCUGGUUGGCAUAUAUUUCUCAUCUCAUUCCAGAAGGGAUGACCACCAACGGGGAUGAAACAGUGAGAGGAGGCUCGAUGUGCUUAAAACCUGUGUGUCUACAGCACCUUGAUUUUGGUGUUUCAACCACUGAAAAAAGGGUCUCACUUCAUCAUCAGCUCCAGAAGAAGUCAUACUUGCUUUCUAAGAUGUUUGCCCACAUAUUCUGGGCACAGAUGAAGUAGAGAGGCUUCCUCAGCAUUCCCCCUUCAUUGCAACACUUUCUGCUUGUCCUUGACCACCUGGGAGUGGGCACGGCUCCUGGCAGUGCUCCUGAGACCUCGUGGAGGCUCCCCGAGGGAAGCUGCUCCCGCCGGGCCUUCCGCUUUUGCGAGCGAGGUCGCCCCCACCCUACCACUGACCGAGAAGGGGUGCAGAGAAACCUGUUAAUCCGCGUGUAGUGGUUCCCACCAAACAAACCGAGAGAGAAGCUGGCCCAGGUGGUGUGGGAAGUUCUCAUUCUGUGUCAGAAGGCUUUGACAAAACCUGAUUUCUUAAAGAAAAGUUUUACAUCUAAAGGUCUGUAGGUCAUCGUGUUCCACCCUUGAAAAUGCACAGACGAUGCCUGUUUCUCUUUUCCUUUGUCUUAUUUUUCCCACUGUGUUUGAUCUGUGUUUGCGUGAGGCUCGUCACCGGCUAGUAGGUACAGGACAGUUCAUUGGUUUCCCCGUGAGGCCCCUUCCGCCUACCGCACUUGCUGCUCCUCAUGAGGGGCCCCCCUGGAAAAUUCUGUGCUCUCAGUGUGGCCUUUGAGUCCUGCUUUCUGCCCCUCAGGAGUGCGGGUCUUUGAGCAUACUUUUAAAAAAAAUCUGUAACUUGGUGCUUGUUAAUGAAUUGCAAGCUGGCCUUGCAGCUGGAAAUAUUUAUCUUUCAGUUUAUUUGAAAGAGGUCUGGUUUAAAAUUUUUAGCUUAAAUUUGUUUUAUUUAUUGUGUUUGUGUGUGUGAAUGUAUGAGUUUUAAGGGUGAACAUAUUAUAUACUAUCCGAGCGGUUUCAACGAUCUCAUCAGUGCAGAAGGUGCAUAGCAGCCAGCACUGCUCACCCCUCACUGUCUUGUCAAAGUGCCUUGAAGGCCCCAAAGAAAACUAAGGGUUGGGGAAGGGGUCUGUUUCCUUCCCUCCUGCCACCCCACCUCAUUCUUUAAUCAAAAUGUCUUCUUCCUUCCUUGAGUUUAGAGACUUGCCACCUGUGAGCUACAUUUAUCUGUUUCCAUCAUGGUGAUUUCUUACCCUUUAGAAAUAGACUUUAAGAACAAAACCACCUGAUUUUCUAUUGAACCAUGAUGUACCCCACCAAAGACCCUAAACAGCAGAAAGUUCGGUUGCUUCCUCCUGGUGCACCAGUCCAUACAGCUCCGAGUUACGGCCAUGCCUGUGAUGGUUUUCCUCAGAUCCACCGUGGAGCUCAGCUCCCUGUCCCUGUCACUUGCUCAAGUUCCCCUCUGUGGCUCCGCAUCCCCUAGAGAGGUGCCUUCCUGGAAGGGAAGGCUCUGGUGGGUGAAGACCCCCCAUUCUUCCUCGGCGUGGACCUGGGCCAGGCCACCCGUUCCUGGGCUUCUACCAGGAGGGUUCAGGUUCCACGCGGGAUUUCACUGAAGUGCCAUGGACACUGAGUCUCUGCCCAGCACUGCCCAGCUUGAGGCCGAUUGUGAGGUGUCCUUCAGGUCCGGGCCCCGGCAGGCUAUCACAUGUCACUUGCCGUGGUAACUUUGGUGAUGAUUUUUAAAAAUGGAGGUUUUGCCUCCACCCACCCCACUACCUUAAAAUGGUUUGCUUAGGUUCUGGUUGGACCAAUUUAGAACCAGAAUCAGUAGGUGGCCUCCUGCAUUCACCCAGGCUGCCCCUUUCAUCCCAAAUAUAGUCUAUUGUGCAGAAGGAGAGCCACUUCCAAGACCCGCGCGGUACAUGCCUUUCUCGUCGCACCCCCUUUGAAACUGAACCUGGGGGUCCCAUCGGGCUGGCGCACUGCUGGGGCGGCUGCUGUCUCGGGCAGAUGACCUUGAGAACUGUUCCCAUUACUAGUCUGAGGCCCUGUAACUCAGGUUCUUUUCUGUAAGGAGGGGUUGUCUUCCAUGGUGGCUCAGAUUCAGUUCCCCCUGCUGUUGGCGAGCCAGGAAGCCACGCUUCUCCAUCAAGCUCAAGACAUCAGGUGCCUGACAUUGUGCUUAGGUUUGGGGGACAGGUGGAGACACCAUCCAGAGUCUAGAUUUCCAGAAUCUGGUGAAUUUCCUGGAGAGAGGCUAUAUCUUCUCUUAAAACUUAUGUCAUCUCAGUAGUUGUCAUCCCAGUUGGGUGACUUAUGCACUUUAAAUAGUUUUAUCGGUUGGCUUCAUUUUUGAGACAAUCAGCUAUGUUAAGUGUUUUCGUCGUUGAAAAUGGAGAGGGUUAAAAACAUGCAAUUUGCCAUAAUUCAGCUUUUGCCAACAUUCCAUCCUCUGUCCCCAUGAGAGCUGUCUGUGGGGGAGAAAUCCUUACCAAGACUUCUUUUGAAAAGGUACGAAUCUUACCUUUUUCCCUCGUGUCUCAGGGCAAUACCACUAAAAGUUGGCCCUUUGCACAUUUUCUCCCCGAUCUGUGAUCACCCCAAGCCCCUAGUAUCAGUAGUGGUGGUGAGCACAAAUUCUUAAGCCCCUUGGGAUUUGUCCUGCUUCCUUGGGUGGGGGUUCUGGAGGAAGGGGGGUGACAGAGUAAGCUCUGCUAAGGAAAGGCAGGCAGGGCCAUAACCGUAGAGGCCGGAACACGAUCCGGAAGCUGCCUUUUAGGAAGCACUCGUUUCUCUGAGGCGCUUUUCCCUGAGGAUCUUGGUGUUUGCCAUGGAGCUGCAGUUUAUCCCGGUGUGUGGGUGGCUGGUGGUGCCUGGAGCAGGUAAAGCCCUGGGAGCCGGUUCAGAGACAGGCAGCCCUGGUAAGUGAGCUGCCGCGGCCUGAAAGUGGCUGGGGGCAGGGGCCCCAGGCCCUGCGGGAGGGUGUGGGCCUCCGUGCUGGGGUGCCCUCGGCAGGGGAAGCCCAGAAGUGACCUGGAGAGAAAACGGUGGCAGUGGUUGGAGGUAUGGGUGCCUUCUCAGCAGGACCACACGCUGUGGUCCUGGGGAUGGGGCGGGGGGGCCCAGUGCUGGAGCUCUAGGUGAUCCUCAGAGACAAGGAAAAGGAGGCAAAGUUUGUUUCAUUUGGUUCUUCAUUUUUCUUUCACCAGAGCAUAACAUUCCUAGUUAACCAGAGCUUUGGAAUCUACUACCUGCUGGUCAGGUUUUAAAAUGAAAAGUGUUUUAAUGCUGCCAUAAAAGGAAAAUAAAAAAAAGGAAAAGAAAGGCUUCUUUCCAAGUACUCAUUCUAAUUUAAUUCGUCAGAAGAUUGACAGGCCUUGGCUGAUUCCUCCAUCUCACUAAGGUUUUAAAGAUGGGCAAACCCAACGCUAACGCCUCCUGCUCCAGACCAGGACAGCCUCUGCAGAUGCGGCUGAGCGGCCUGUGCUGGGGGCCGUGCUGCAAACCAGGGGUGCCUGCCUCCCAGCCUCUGCUCCCUGCACAUCUUCAGCCAGCUUGGACUCACUGCCUUUUGCAGCCACCCAGGUAGGAAGGGCAUCGCGAGAGCACUGACAGGGAUCCCUGCCCAGCCAGCUUGCCUGUGGUCACACCUAGCCUAUGGUUUCCUGUGUGUCACUCGACCCGUUGGGGGCCUGCAGGGGGACACCAGGGUACACAGGAGGGUGAUUACCAUUAUACCUCUGCUUUCAUUCAUUGUUUUCAAAUGCUAUAUGAACAUUUCUGUGCAGAAUUCUAUUAAAUAAAAAGGGGGUAAAACCCAUAUGCUGUAUAGUAAUUUGUAAUUAUGUAUAAAGCAGUUUUAAACUGUAAAGAUUUUUUUCAGUGUGUUUUCUGGAAUUUUACCACAACAUACUGGCUUUGUAUUUUAUUUAUCUUUUUCUUCCUAGUUACUGGCUUCAGACUCUAUUGUAAAGUUCCCCUUUGCCAUUUCAAAAAAUAAAUGUCCUUCAAGUCUCAGUU